AGUCUGUGCUGUGAUCGACGUCUUUCUCCUUCCAAUGCCUUGAGUAGAACCUCAAGUGUUGUACGUUUUCUACUCCGUAGUUCGUGGACCAAACAUUCGACUUUACCUUAGAGCUUUAAACUUCACACAAUAACAACUGCAGCGUAGUUUCGACACGCAGCAUUUCCAGGAUGGGCGACAGCCUGUACAAUACCCAACCCGGGGUGUUUGUCGUGCCUGAUGACGCGGCGCCCCUGUUGGACAACGCCUUCGGUGGCAAAACACAAAAAGCAAGUGGCGCCACUGUCGUCUCGAUUGUCGUGGCGGCGGUGGGCGUCGCGAUCGGGAUUACCGGGCUCACCACGGGAAUUUUGGCACUGAACAAAGUGGCGCGGUUGAGCGAUCAGUUGAACAACCAACUUCUAACCCAGCGCGAUGAGUUACAGGCAGUGAUUGACGACAAGGAGAUUUCCUUGAAUACGGCAAUCGCCGCCAAGGCGACGGAGCUGGACACGAAAUGGACGGGCGAAGCCGCGGGCUUGAAGACCGCGCAGACCACGUUGAAAGCGGCGCACGAGACGUUAAAGACCGGCCACACUAACUUGCAGAAAAAGUUCGACGACCACCUUCGCGCCCUGCCGCAGACCCUGAGCGCCGAGGUCACCAGGCAGCUGCGCGACUCCACGACGAUUCAAGAGAAGUUGAACCACUUGAAGCAGGAGGUCACCACGGGCGUGAACCAGGCAAAGGAGCAGCUGACAUCGUUGUUGCAAACGAUGAAAACGGAGCAGGAGCAAAACUUGAAUUCCGCCAAACAGGAACAGCAGCAGAGCCUGGAAGCGGCCAAGCAACAGCUGACGCAGGCCACGGAGGAGGUGCAGACGGCCCAGACUCGCGCUCUGGAAACGGUCAAAACGGAGUUGACGCAGGCCUUGCAGACGGCCAGACAGGAAGUGGAAGCCAAUAUCGCGACGGCGAAGGCCCAGGCGGAUGAGAUGUUGCAGGGAGUAAAACGCGAGUUGGACGCGGAAGUGACGCAAGCGACGGCGGCGACGCGCACGCAGCUGACGCGGGAUCUGCAUAUCAAGUGCAGAAAUGUCUGGGUCUGGAAGAAUGCAACUUGUGAUGCUGCGUUUGGAUUCCAAAAAUGUGUAUUGCGUGAGCAGCAAAGGGAGUGUAAUUUUUGCUACGCGGAGAGGGCACUUAUCAUGCGGAAUAAGCAUCAAGAAGCCCUCAAAAAAUCUGUUACGCUAGGGCAUGCAUCACAGACAUCGUGGCUCAUGCAAAACGUCCAUGACAGGUCUCAGAAUCUUCCAGACCCAGACAUAUUUGCGUUUGAUACUGCAAACCCUGCAGCAACGGCAGGUCAAUAUGAAGGAAGAGGUGACCGGCGUCUUCGAUCGGGAAAAAGCUGCGGUGUUGCAGGCUUUUACGACCCGCAUCCACGAACUGAACGACGAGAAGUUGCGGAGUUUCGAAUCCACUUUUGACCGGAAACAAACGCAACUGAUGAACCAGUGCACGGCCAAAACCGCUGCAAUCACUGCGGAGUUGCAGGUGAGUAGAAGAAUGUAAAGCGAGAAAAUUAUGUUGAAGCAGAAAAAUUAUGCUAGACCUAGAGGCUCUUUGUUCCUGUUGAGAAUUUGUAAUCAUGCAGAACAAGAGCUCGAAAUUUUUCAUGCCCCUAACGCUAGGCAGUGAAGAGAUUUCCGCAAAUCAACAGCGCGCCUCCAGCAGUUAUGCGACUAAUGUCAGCGGUAUGCAAUCGGAGCUGAACCGGUUCAAAGAAGAAACGCAGGAGCGGCUGCAGCGCGACUUCUCCACGUGGCAGGCGGCCUACGACCGGCGAGCCACCCAGGCCACGCAAGAGCUGGAGCAGGCGCAGGCACAGUGUACGCGGGUGGCUACCACUUUGGACUCCUCGCUGGCGAGCGCCGAGAGCAGGCUGAAAACGGCCACCGACAACGACCUGCGUACGUGGAAGCGUGGUCACGAGCGGGAUCUGACCCAGUGGAAAGAGAGCAGCAGCAACGAUUUAACUCGGUCGCAGGAGUCGUUUCAGCGGAGCAUUGAGCAGUGGAAAACGAACACGCGGAAUGAUUUCGAGCAGUUGCAAUCGCGCGUGAGUGCCUUGCCGAACACGCUUACGAGUCUCCAACAGAGGGUGACCGCGGGCAUCAACUCCAUCGACGCCCAGAAGCGGCAGAUCGACGCCCUGCAGCGUACCGACAUCGACCUGCAGCGGAGUGUGCAGGAGCUGCAGCGGGGUGGAAGCAGCGCCUCGAGUCUGCGAAGCGACAUUUCGACUUUGCGCUCGCAACACUCUACGCUCGAGGGGCGCUUGAGUGACUUGCAGCGCCAGAUCAACAAUGCCAGUCGAAGUGCGGGCGGUUCUUUUAUGGCUGCCCCGACUCGGUCUUCCGGCUUUUCGGCGGCACCGACGCUGUCCUCCGGGCGUAACGGCAGCCGCUGGGCAAUCCCGACUUAA